AUGACCUUACUACAGCUGAGAGAGCGCAGUCAAUUUGGACUCUUUGACCCCAACUACGUUGCCCUGCAGCACCUGGAAAGUAGCAGAACAUAUGCCAGGAUGCUCUUCCUGGACAACAGUUCUGCGUUCAACACCAUCUGCACGGGCAAGCUGAUCCUGUCCCUACUCCCACCUGUUAUUGGAUUCUGGACUUCCAGACAGAAAGACCACAGGUGCCCCAAACUCUUCACCCUGUACACUCAUGACUGUGUCUCCAACCAGGGCAACACCAUCAUCAUCAUUAAAUAUGCUGAUGAUACCACCAUCCUGGGGCUCAUCAAGGGGGGGACAAGUCGGGGCGGUCAGACGACUUCCAUGCGCACGUUUGCCUUCAGCUGCAUCAUGGUGUUGUGCUUCGCUGGAUUUUUCUUCAUUUAUUACAAGCCUGAUGUCAACUUCCCCACUUUUGCCUUUCACACGGAGAGAAGUAACCACUCUUGUCAGUGUCCAGUGGACGCAGUGGAGCAGGGAGCGAACCCCAACUGUUCCUCAGAGCCGCAGAUCGACCCAACUGUCAUCCAGAAGAUCCAGGAGGACGCUGAGCCUGACACUGUUGUCUUGGUCUGGUUCUGGCCGUUUGGCUCUAAGUUUGAUCUCAGCUGCGACACAUACAACGUCAAAAGAUGCCUCUUGACGGCGGACAAGUCUCUCUAUGAUAAAGCCCAUGGCGUUCUCAUCCACCACAGGGACAUCAGACGGGACAACUUGCCAAAAGAUCCUCGUCCCUGGUUCCAGAAGUGGGUGUGGUUUAACAUGGAGUCACCAACAUUCACACAGCAAGUCCCUCACAUUGAUGAAUUAUUCAACUUGACCUGCAGUUAUCACCUCGAUUCAAACAUCCCUGUGCCUUAUGGACAUUUGGAGCCACGAGCAUCUGGAGAGGAGACUUUCCAAGUGCCACCAAAGGACAAGCUGGUCUGUUGGAUUGUGAGCCACUGGAACCCAAAUCUUAGACGAGUUCAGUUCUACAAUGAAUUGAAAAAACAUGUGAAUAUAAGUGUUUAUGGACGAGCUUUUGGAAAACGAAUCAAUCGUAAAGAAUAUGAUCACAUAGUAUCCAGUUGUAAAUUUUACCUGGCCUUUGAAAACUCUGUGCACAAAGACUACAUUACAGAGAAGUUCUUCAACGCUAUGAACUUAGGAACUGUACCCGUUACUCUGGGCCCUCCGAGGCAAAACUAUGAGGACAAUGUCCCAGGUGAUUCUUUCAUUCAUGUCAAUGACUUCCCCACAGCAAAGCAGCUGGCAGACAGGCUACUUUACCUCGACCAAGGUGAUGAUGAUGAAUAUAUGAAAUACUUUGACUGGACCAAAAAGUAUAAAGUUAAAAGUGCAGAGUUUGGUAAAACACACGCCUGCAGAACAUGCGCUUACUUACAACAAAACAGAAGGUACCAAGCUUUUCUAACGCUUAAAAAGUGGCACUGGGGUUAA